AAGGAAAACCCACACUACUGCAGUACUCUUGUUAUUCAGCUCUGCAAAAAACCUUGAUUCAUCUGUAUCUAUAUACUACUCCUAGAGACGGGACUUGAGUAUUCCUGUCUGAAAUAAACGAAAGCGGCAGAGUUUCCACAGCCUCGGCCCAUACACAUACAUCAUAUGUACAGAUUAUACCUACAAUCCCUAAUUUUACCUUAAAUUCACAUUCAAUUAUACCUAACAUCAGACACAAGCAUAUUAUAGGCAUCAUCCAAUCAUGUCGGAGAGGCAAGUCAUCAAGCGCGCCAAGUACAAAUCAUCUAUCAAAGAUCCUGGCACUCCUGGUGUUUUAACCAUGAAGAGGGAGCGGUUUGUGUUUAUGCCGAGUGAUCCGAGGUCUUUGAUGAAGCUCAAUGUCGAGUUUCGAUUUAUUAUAGGACAUAAGUUCAGCAAGGAGGCUCCAAAUAAGAAGGCUCUUCUUAAUCUUACGCAAGACAAGGGUGAAAGUUACAUUUUUGAGUUUGACAGUUUCCCUGACCGUGAUGCUUGCCGGGAUUUUGUUGCCAUGGCUAUUGCACCUCCUGCUAAUGCUGGUAAAGCUUCUUCUGACAAACCCUCUGUUCCGCCCAGCAGUGAGCAACUUAGCACAGCAGAAAUGGAUCGCAGGAUUAAGCUUUUGCAGGUGGAUAGUGAGUUGCAGAAACUUCACAAGGAAUUUGUAAUGGGUGGAGUGUUAACAGAGGCUGAAUUUUGGGCAACAAGAAAGAAGUCAUUGGACGAGAAAAUCAGUAGCAAAUCUAAGCAAAGGGUGGGGUUAAAGAGUGACAUGAUAUUCAAUGUGAAACCAUCAUCCGAUGGCCAGUCGAACAGGGUUAAAUAUAGCUUGACACCAGAAAUUAUUCAUCAGAUUUUUGCUGAAAAACCUGCUGUACGACGCGCCUAUCUAAACCUAGUACCCAAGAAGAUGACAGAAACGGACUUCUGGAUGAAAUACUGGAGGGCUGAAUACCUUCACAGUACCAAAAAUAUUGUUGCUGCUGCGGCUGAGGCUGCAGAAGAUGAGGAACUUGCUGUUUUCCUCAAGCAAGAUGACAUAUUGGCAAGUGAAGCUCGGCGAAAGAUCAGACGGGUUGAUCCGACAUUAGACAUGGAAGCUGAUGAAGGGGAUGAUUACACACACCUCCCGGAUCAUGGGCUAUCUCGUGAUGUUUCGAAGGACUUGACGGACUCGCAAUAUGAUCUGUAUAAAAGAUCAUUUCUGCAAGACCUUAAUAGACACGCUGCAGUUGUUCUUGAAGGAAGAUCUGUAGAUGUGGAGUUGGGAGAUACAAGGUCUGUUGCUGAAGCACUUACCAGGUUAAAAGAAGUUGAGUCGGCUAAUGAAGCAUCGAACACCCAUGUGGAGCAAGGGCGCUCUGAUCUGAUAUCUAGGAUGGCUGAGUUAGAGGAUCUUCAGGGACCUCGUGACCAUCCAGUUGCCCCGCUUAGUAUCAAGGAUCCUCGUGACUACUUUGAUUCUCAACAAGCCAAUGCAAUUAAAACUUUGGGGGAGUCCCAAUCUGGAUCAAAGCAUAAAAAAAGUAUCCUUAAUGCUCACGAGGCAUAUGGUUCCUUAAGAAAGUCAAUAUCUGAAAUAAAAGAUCUAGGUUUGACUGAUCCUAUAAUUAAAUCAGAAGUUGCUAUGAAGGUUUUUAGUGAAUUGACCCUGCGUAUUUCAAAUACCAAGUAUCAUCAUGGAAAGGAUCCACAUGAGAGUAUUUUGGAUGGGUUGCCUAACGCGACCAAAGAAGAAAUUUUGCAUCAAUGGACAUCAAUUCAAGAAUUGCUGAAGCAUUUCUGGUCAUCAUAUCCCAUUACGACUACUUAUCUCCAUAUCAAGGUUAACAAAGUGAAGGAUGCAAUGUCCAAAAUUUAUCAGAAGCUGCAGGAGAUCAAGAGCUCAGUGCGACAGGAUUUUCGCCAUCCAGUAUCACUCCUCGUUCAACCAAUGACUCAGGCUUUAGAUGCUGCAUUUGCACAUUACGAAGUAGACUUUCAAAAGAGAUCUACAAAGAGUGUCGAGAGACCAAAUGGUUUUGUCUAGGAAUAUUUGUGCUUUAGCAAAGAGAUGGAAUGUUGAACAAGAAAUUACUUGUUUACUUUAAUUUUGAAAUAUGUUUUGUUCGAUAUAGAUUUAUUAUUUUUUAGUUAAUUCGAGGAUUUCUCUUGUACCGGAAAUUUGAGUUACCAUAGUAUUUUUUUCAACGAGGCA